CUAGGCCGUGGCGCUGAUUCUCCUCAGCGCGUGUGCUGGCCUCCCAUCCUGUCAUGGAGGCAGUCUUGACUGAGGAGCUUGAUGAAGAGGAACAGCUGGUGAGACGGCAUCGCAAAGAGAAGAAGGAGCUGCAAGGCUUCUUCAGGGUUGCCAGUGACCUGCAUCUCCAAGCCCCCUCAAUCCCCUCGACCUUCAAAAGCUUCCUCUUUUCGGAUGCGCCGCGUUCCCCCAUCCUGCGAGGCCCCCGCGGUGCGGUUUUUGAAAACCCUUGGAAGCCGCCGCCUUGGACCCAGGCCCGCCUUUGCUGUUCCUAGUUGACCGACACUUGGCCCUAAUGGCCAAAAUACAGAGUAUGAAGAAUGCUGUUCCCAGGAAUGACAAAAAGAGGAGGAAGCAACUUACAGAAGAUGUUGCUAAGUUAGAAGCAGAAAUGGAACAGAAACAUAGAGAGGAGCUGGAUCAGUUGAAGCUGACUUCUAAAGAGAGUAAAAUUGAUUCUGUUGCUGUUAAUAUUUCAAACUUGGUUCUUGAGAAUCAGCCACUUCGGAUAUCAAAAGCACAAAAGAGACGGGACAAAAAGGCUGCGUUGGAAAAGGAGCGAGAAGAAAGGAUAGCCGAAGCUGAAAUUGAAAACUUAACCGGAGCUAGACAUGUAGAAAGUGAAAAACUUGCUCAAAUAUUGGCAGCCAGACAGUUGGAAAUUAAACAGAUUCCAUCUGAUGGCCACUGUAUGUAUAGAGCCAUUGAAGAUCAGCUGAAAGAGCAGAACGGCGUUCUGACCGUGGCUGCCUUAAGAAGUCAAACUGCUAACUAUAUGCAGAGUCAUGUGGAAGACUUUCUGCCAUUUUUAACAAAUCCUAAUACCGGAGAAAUGUAUACUCCAGAAGAGUUUGGAAAGUACUGUGAUGAUAUUGUAAACACAGCUGCGUGGGGGGGUCAACUUGAGCUAAGAGCCCUGUCUCACAUUUUACGAACACCGAUAGAGAUAAUACAGGCAGAUUCUCCUCCUAUAGUAGUUGGUGAAGAAUAUCCAGAAGAUCCAUUAAUACUUGUUUACAUGAGACACGCGUACGGCUUGGGAGAACACUACAGCUCCGUCACGCGGCUGGUGAGCGCAGCCACUGGGGCUGCAGCUGGCCUGUGAAACGUGGCCCUGUGUCGGCGCGCCGGUCCGAGAGCUAAUGCCGAGCACUGGGUGAUUCUCAGUGUUUCUGAAGAACACAACUACCGUAAAUCAGUUUUAUGGCAAAGCUACUGAUAGGUUUUAAAAAAUGUGUCCGAGAGAAACUUGAACCAGUGUCCCCUUAAUGGUGUUUUAAAAACACUUGUAAGUUCUUUGUGGAGAAUAUCAUUUAUAGACCAAGAUGGUACCCUGAUUGUUGAUAUUUUUAUUAAAUAUAAGAUUCUGAACAUUCUAUUCUGUGUUGAAGUUGUUAAAAAAAUUUUUUUUUCUCCUUAUUACUGAAAGCUUUCAGUAACCAUAUCAAUGUAAUUUUUCGUGAAGAAGUGAAAUGAAUCAGUCUCUUUGACAUUGCAAUAAUGUGAUGGUGAUAGCAAAUUUAAUUAAUGUUUAUAAAUAAUUUGAUUGCAGUAACAUUGCUGUUGAUGGGAUUAAUGUUGUGACGUUUUUUAAAAUUUAUUUUUAAUUAGGGGAUAAUUGCUUUACAACCUUGUGUUGGUUUCUGCCAUAUAACAACAUGAAUCAGCCCUGAGUAUACAUAUAUCCCUUCCCUCUGGAACCUCCCUCCCAUCCCUCCCUACCCCACCCCUUUAGGUUGAUGCUGUGACAUUUUUGUAACCCCAUCAAAGUGCAGCUAAGAAGGUUGCUUUAAUAAAAAUAAGUCUUUUAUUUGUAUAUAACUUUAAAAGAUGCAGCAUAUUAUUGCUUUUCUAAUUCAUUGCUUAUUCCUUGUUAUUUCUCAACUUCAGAAUGGUUAUUACAUCAUUUCUUGAUUAUCUUAACUAUAAAUUUGUAUAUUCUUUGUUGUAAUUUCUCUACCACUACUCAGCUGCUUUGCUUUCCUUGUUCCCUUUUCCACUGAGAAAUAGUUAUUAGCUUCUGUUAUUCUUUAACUUGUGCAAAUUGAAGGAGUAGCAAUGUAAGAGGGUCCAAGGCCAAAUUUACUUCAAAUUCUUCUUUUCCAGUUUGUCUUAUAAGGUUUCUCUUUUUGCUUCAUUCUCUAGGAUUAGGGAAAGUCUGGUUUUUUUUUAUUCCGUCCCUUUUUUUUUUUUCAUUUAUUUUUAUUAGUUGGAGGCUGAUUACAGGGAACGUCUUUGUUACUUAUUAUUUUAUUAGCCUUAUUAAUUUCACCUUUCCUCAAAUAUUUGAAAAUAUUUGUUUCAAAUAUCUGGGAAUUUUUAUGUUAUAUAUAUAUGGAUAAUGCUGAAAGCCACUGUUGAGUCAAGACUGUAUAAUAAAAUCAGUACAGUACUUUUCAGUUGAAUGAUUUGUCAAAUCAGAUUUUAGGUUAUUUAUAAAAUUAUUUUAAGAAGAUAGUACACCCAUAUGUACAAAUGUGUGUGAUAAUUUGUUAUGUAAGGGAUUUUAUGAUAAUGAGAACUUUUUGGUUUGAUCUGUUUUUCUCAGAUAAGUAGUAACAUUUUACAUCAAGUGUAUAUAAAGUUUGAAUUUUUUCUCCAUAAAUGCAACUAAUUUUUCUAAGUAAAUACUGGGUUUUAUGAGCUUCCCCAGUGGCUCAGUGGUAAAGAAUCCACUUGCAAUGCAGGAGAUAUGGAGACCUGUGUUUGAUCCCUGGGUCAGAAGAUCCCCUGUAAUGGGAAAUGGCAACCCACUCCAGUAAUCUUGCCUGGAAAAUUCCAUGGACAGAGGAGCCUGGUGGGCUGUAUAGUCUGUGGUGUCACAGAGCUGGACACGACUGAAUAACUAAAGAACAACAACCGGGUUUUAUAACAUAAAAAACAGGGUAUCAGUAUUAUGUAUUCAGCAGGCGACAGUGUGGGGAACUAUUGAGCAGAUAAGUAGUGCAUGAAGGUAUUAACACUUGCAGAUUAAGAACCAUUCUGCCUGCUAAUCAAAAUAUAUUCUGAAGGCCGCUUGUUUUGUAAUGCUGGAUCUGGAUUUUUUUUUUGCAAGGGGGAUGUGGUGGGUAAUCUGUUACUUUAAAAUUAAAAGAGAAGCAUUAAGCAAUAAAAUAAGAUGCAGUGAGAUCUAGUUAUUGUAAAUUCCCACUAUAUUUAAAGUAUUGUAAAAUAACUUAUUGGCUAUUUUUUUCUAGCAGAGUAAAUAGAAUUCUCUUGAUUAUAGGUAUAUUUUUUAUUUUUAAAUGGCCAAUAUGGUUAUGGACAAGAUUUGUAUGUUUCAGCUUCUGUUCUUUCAUAAAACUUGAGAUAAAAAUUAUUUUAGCUGUAAUCUAAAGUCUGAAAAAUGGCACGUGUUAAGUUAAAAGCAGCAUAUACAAGUUUAGUUUGCUGUAUGAUGCUGAUCUCUUAGGGAAAUCUGAUAAGCUUUCUUUUGUCCUGACUUAGAAAAGUAUAUGUCAGAGUUCUGGAAUAUGUCUAAUUUACUUCAGUGAAUUUUAUCUGCUUAAGUAUGUUUAUAACAUAUAGAGCAAAUAAGGAUGUGUAACUAUAGUGAACAGUACAGUUUUGUUCAUAUUAUCUAAUGUUUGCUAAAAGAAAAAAUAAAAGAUGAAUUAAAUCAG